AUGGCUAAAGUAGAGUCUGAUUCUAUUUGGAGAUAUUUGUGUAAGAAAGUCAUAAACAAACUGAACGAUUUCGGCGACAAGAGCUGCUUGCAUGGAGUCGGAUACGUGUUCUCCACUACAUACAUCCCGUUUGUUACUAGGCUGUUCUGGCUUCUAAUGCUCCUCCUCUGCGGCUACGGAGCCUCCAUGGUGCUGGUCUCCGUGCUGACGAUGUUCUCCGCCGGCGCCGUGUCCUUCUCCGUGGAGACCACCUACCUGGACUGGGACACGCCCUUCCCGGCCGUCACGGUCUGCGAGAGCAACAAGAAUGUCAAGAACAGGAUUAUUAAGCAUUUGGCUGAGCCUGCUAAGACGCUUAAUGCAAAGAACAUUACCGCUCAGCUCAAGCAGUUCUACGAGGACGUCGGCUACUGGCAGUCCGGGUUCUGCGCCCAGUGCACCAAGUGUACCUACAACGUGACCUGCGUCCGGGACAUCCAGGCCACCGUCAGUGACAUCCGCAUGACUUGUGACGAGAUCUUCGAGCCGCAGUGCUGGUGGGGGGAGGAGGCGUUCCCGUGCUGUGACAGGUUCCUGCCAGUAGAGACGGAGUACGGCACGUGCUUCGCGUUCAACUCGCGGCUCGCGCGCGGCGCCCUCGACGUCAUCAAGCUCAACCGACACACCGGCUUGAAAACUCUGCAGUUUUCAGCUACUCAAGCCAUCCUGAUGAGGGCCCAUUCUCCUAGUGAUGUGGUUACUACAUACUCUGAAAUGUACUCCGUUCCACUGGACGCCAAUGUCACUCUAGUCUUGAAAGCAGAGUCAACAGUAAGCGACAUAUCCGUCCAAGCGAUUCCGCCGGAGCUGCGCGGCUGCUUCAUGAGCUGGGAGGUGCCCCCGGCGGCCGAAUACUGGCCUUUCCACAGAUACAAGUACGACGCCUGCAUCUGGUACUGCCGGGCCAUGGCGCAAGUGCAGCUGUGUAAUUGUACACAUCAUUUUGAGCCGAAGAUGGUUGGUGUGAGAACUUGUGAUGUCGAUGGGCUUGCAUGCCUUACGAUAAAGAAGAAUCAUUUAGAUUCAACGAACUUCACUUGUUUCUGCCCAAUGGCGUGUGACGAAGUUACUUACAAAGUCAUGCACAGGUUCUACAACCGCGGGCCGAAAGAGAAUCUUCCAUCUAUGAACAAGGUCCUCCUCGCUGAACUUCCUACUCUGAGGGUCCGGAGACACGCCAUCAGAGAUAUGCUCAGUUUUGUGGUUGACAUCGGUGGGGUGGGCGGUGUAUUUUUCGGUGCCUCCGUGCUGAGUAUUUUAGAAAUAGUCUACCUGUUCUGUAUUCGUAGGCAAUAAUUAAAC